AUGGAACUGUCCGAGAUAGAGGAGCUGCCAAAGAAGGUCCUUCGGGAAGAGGCUGGGCGUGCCUUCCGUCUCCAGGCCUCGGCAUCAAUGGACAUGUGGUUGUGCAUGAAGCGCGCCAUAACCGCUGCUGAGCGUGCCAAGAAGGCCUAUGACGAAGGCUGGGCCAAAGUUGCCGAGGCAGGGAAGGCGCUCCAGGCUCAGGCGAACCUCGUCAAGGAUAUGCAGGCUGCCGAACGGCAAGUCCAGGUUUACAGCGCCAAGCUCGCGGAGAUGACGGCAGCUCUGGAAGGGGCUCAGCUGGCGGUAAAGGAGACCGUCCAAGUGGCGUUGGAGGAAUCAGAGCGGGCCAAGGCUUCGGAGAUUGACGAGGCAAUAAGGACCUUCCGUCAGUCGACCGAGUUCUCCAUCCUACUAGACAAGGAGGUCGGUGUGGAGAUGGCGGAUCUGCUCUACAGAUUCAAAAGGUACAAUCCUGGACGAAAGCUCAACCUUAACUUCAUUGCCGACCCUCAUCCCCUUCCGGAAGGCCUCACCAAAGAGAUGAUCAAGGAUUACGAAGAGGAGGACGCCCCGGAAGAGGCCUUCGUCGCCGAGGACUUUGUAACCGCCGAAGCUGCUGCUGUUGAGGGUGCCAACGUUGAUGACGAGGAUGCUGCUGCCUAG